AUCUAUGGAAGUUAAAGGACGCUCAUCGUCGUCGAAAUGAUCGUACGUUACGCUUGCAUACUGCCACCCAAGCUAAGAAGCAUAAGAAACAACAUGAUGCUACUAAUAUUAAGAAGUGUAAACUUCGUUCUCUUUCGGAUGCUAUGACUAGCAAUAGAAGUAGUAGUCAUCAGAACCUUAGUAGUGACAGUGAUAAUAAGGAGAUAGAAAGUGUCAGCAGUCCACUUAUAGUGACUAGUCUAUCAACUUCAUCGAACGAGCCUUCUAGUGUUUCGACGUCAUUGGACCUCGUCACGAAUGUUAAGUUGAUCGAAGAUGCACAAGGUUGUGCAACUGUAACUGUUCCUAUUCCGGUUGACUGUCAGUCGAGUGAUGAUGAGAAGAAAGUGUUUGAUGGUAACAGCCAGUCUACAGUGUUGUGUGAUGACGAUGCUAUUGAUGAGCAUAUGUCUUGUGUCUCUGGGACGGAUGCUAAUGCAGACCGAAUCGACGCGACUUGUCUGACAGAACGGAAUCAUAAUGACGAUGAUAAUAAUCUGGAUGUCACUGAUGUGACAAAUGAUUUGUCGACGUUGACGAAUGCUGAUCAAACCUCUGUACCAGGAGAUGGAGAGUUGAAUAUUGUUCCAAUAUUAUGCCACCUAGAGUCUUCAGGAGACGAGGAAACGUCAAAAUCGGAGAUCCUGCCCUUGCAUAUUAUCUAUGGGUCAAGAACUUCUGUUGAUAAGUCAGCAUCACGGGCUUCAUCGUAUCUGCUGUUUGGAGCAAUGGUUGGUGGAUUAACGACUCAUCCCCAUGAGGUGGAAAGUAAAUCUCUAAGAGGAUAUGACCAGCUUUACGACGUGUUGCACAUGUUCGUGUGGGUGAAUUGGAUAAGGUUUAUACUACCGUUAGGUCAUGCUACGAUAGAUAGGGGAAUCAAGGACCUGAUGGGAAUGUACAGGUUCAUAGUUUGAUAGGUCAUAUCCAUGUUGGAGGGCGGGUAGGCGUACUGCUGUAAGUCCUACUCGUUCUUCCGGUGUGGAUUAGGGGAUGAGAAUGAACCGUAAAUUGAAGUGUUAGAAAGGGCUUGUUUUGCUUAGAGGGAUAUUGUGGGCCGGUGUAGAAUUUAUAUUGAAUGUUUGUUGUUGAUUGCUUGUGAUGCACAUACUUGGAUUGUUGUUAUAUAUUUUGUCGGUGAAAAGAACCAAGGUUCUUUUGGUCGGGAGUGUUACGGGAGAAACGAAGACAUUUUGCUGAUCAAAACCUUUAUAUAUAUAUAUCAUUAAUUUCACUGUUUUUGGGUACAUUUGUUUUACUUAACUUAUGAACUUGUUUGAAUUAUUUUUGCGGACAUUUUGGACUCCCGUUUCUCUUGGCUGUUCGUUUGCAGUUUUUUGCUCCAAGAGAUAAUAAAUUAGAAGAACGACAUUGGUCGUCUAUUUGUAAUAAAGUAUUUUGGUCGAAUUUGUGAUUUGGAAUAAACUUUGGUAUCUACUUUGGAGUUUCGUUCUUGGUUUAAAAUUUGGGACCGUGAAUUACAAAUAGUUCGACAACCGUGCUUCGUAGAAUCAACGGGCAAAAAACUGGACGUAACA